AAUAUGACGUCGAUGGGCCAAUCUAGGAAUAAUAAAAAAGAAAACAAGAUUGAUGAAGGGACCUAGGACGAGAUAGGAUAUAAAGUGUAGUGUUGCUGGGGCGGCGUGGAAUAGACGGGCAGCAGACGUGCGUGAUUCUGAAACAGACGGGCAGUACUGGACAAAUAGGUGAUGCUCCUCGGUGGCUCUGGAAUAGACGGGAAGCGGACAAAUGUGAUGUUGGUUGGUUGCUCCGGAACAGAUGGACAGCUGACAGAUGAGCAGGAGGAGCUGCCUAAGUGAAGACAUGGCUGUGGUGUUGUCCCUGGAGCAUGGUGCUAUCAUAGACCAUGAGGCAUGGAUACUCCAGCUUCUUGACCAACACAACUUUUACCAUCAUGAAAAAAGGACUCUAAAUUUCCAAGGCCUCUUUGACAUCAGGACCCCAUUUCUUAUGGAUGGCCAGGCACAGAAAAUUGCAGAAAGACUUGAAAGAAAAAGAGAAGAAACAUUAGAGCCAAAGAGAAAGAAGAAAAAGAAAGGAUUGACUUCAGAGACCAGCCCUCACAAAGAUGCCUGAGCAGGACCACAUCCUCAGCACACUCUCUGCUCUCCAGUCAACUCCAGAAUUCAAAGCAAACAUCCACAUACACUCCCACACAUGAUGAUUAUAGAAUGAAUAACAUCAAAGUUAGAAAUUUAAGAACACGACUCAUGGAGGCAUCCAAUGUCACAUUGGCAAGGCUGGAUGGAGCUACUGAGGGUGGCGGGUUUAGUACAAAAGUGAUGUGUGGCUCCAAGUACAUCCUCCCUCCCCACACACGCUACAUUUGUGAUGACGUUGCCAACAUUCUCAAUCACACUUCAGGUGAAAGGUUUGAUUUCGUGGUGAUGGAUCCACCAUGGCAGAACAAGCAUGUGAAGAGGAAGAAAUCUGUUCAUGGGAGCAAACAAGGGUACAGUAUGAUGAAUAUUAAAGACAUCUUGAAGAUUCCUGUUGAUCAUUUAUUGAAAGCUGGAGGUCUUGUUGCUGUGUGGAGCACAAGCAAUCCUUCACACAUGCAAGAGUUUCUCCAGAGUCUACACACAUGGGAUGUUGAACACGUUGCAACGUGGUACUGGCUGAAGGUGACAAAAGCUGGGGAGCCCAUAACACUUCAGGAAGGAAGGUGUCACAGCAAACUGCCUUAUGAAAGAGUCUUUAUUGCACGAAGGAGCAAGACAGGAGGGUGCUUUGAGGACAUCCCUGAUAAGUUUGUCUUCUGCAGCAUACCAAGUGGAAUACACUCACAUAAACCACCUCUUUACAAGCUUCUGAAGAGGUUUCUGGCACCUCAGCCUCAGUGUCUGGAGCUGUUUGCAAGAAAUCUGGUUCCUGGAUGGACGAGCAUUGGAUUGGAGGUACUGCGACUGCAGCAUAGUUAUCUGUUUGAAGACUUGGAGGACUGUUUAUGUUUAUAAUGUACAGUAAACUAUUAAACAGAACUCUAUAAACUACAAAAAAACAUACACAUGCAUACAUAUACCAAGGCUCUCUCCUCCAAAAAGGGAGAUAGCCAAAACAAGGCACAUAACUUUCACACCCACACUCUUUCACACCACUCACUUUCUUAACACCUUGGUCCCCAACGAAGCGUUUGUUUCUCUUCUCGUGGAAAAAUUUUCACUAUGCAUAGACACUUGCCAUACUGUAAAGUGGCUUGAAAUGUCCAAUGUCCAAUUCAUAAAUUAACUUGUUUACUCUGAAUCUGAAAGCUGUCCUUUGAAGCAUCAUGGACUCACUAACAUUGAUCUGAAGGCCUUGAGUGUUGUGCUAAUGUGUGCAGGUUUGACACAUUAUCAGUCAAGCUAAUAUGACCAAAACCUAAAUGGAUUUUGGUAGACCAGGAUUCCCCUGUCACUAUAAUCCACUUCAUUAUUUCAGUAUUAAGAUUUGUUUAGUUUACCAUAACCACUUGGUAAAUAAACCUUGCCUGUACCUUCUUCCACUUCAGCCAUACCAUGCUGACAUAGUGCCUGGUCUCACAGAUAAGUUGUGUUCAUUUUCACCAAGAACUGAUUCUCACCAAUAUUAGUCUGAGAUUGUUGCAAUUGAAAAGUGCAAAAAUUAUAAAUAGAAACUGAAAUCAUUGCAGUAUAAAUCAUGUAACAUGUAUAAUUCAGCUAAUCAGGUGGGACAGACAGAGCUUCUUCACUGCAGUGGGCAGGGCUUUAUAGUGUAAAAUUACCAUCUUAAAAAAUUACUGCAACUCAGAGCAUUAUAAUAAUUGAUUAAUUUCAGCACCAUGAUCAUAACAAUCCAGUGAUCUCAGUACCUUAAGAGAGCAAACUGCACUCAAAUGUUCACUUCUUCACUUUUAUCAUUCUAGUGUGUUACCCCUGUGGGAGGACAUAAGACUAGCACCACACUCUGGCAGAAUGGGAAGAACAUUACCACGGUAUUCUCAGCACACCAUACAAGACAGCUAGCUAAAAAGGGACAGAUCAAGGAAUAUGGGAACUCACUUGUAUUUUGAUUCCCACUCCCCCUGUAAUUCAUUAAGAGUGAUGUGAGCUUAUAGAGACAACAAACACACCAGAAAGACAGUAAGACAAAAUAUACUAUUGAGAAUCUGUAUUGGGAUGAAAACGAAACAUGACAAUCAUAUAAUUUAAUUGGUCUUAACUGACACUUCACAUGGAAUGAAAAUCACAAACAUUAAAUCCACCACUCUAUAGUCACUAGUAAAUUUUUCUCUAUGACAUUACACUGAGGAAAAUCUAAGAAUAAUUACAAAAUAUUUUGUACCAUCAGCAUAGUGGCUGUCAAACUAGGCUGAGCAACACAUGUAAUGCCAAGUUCAGUCCCCAUUGUGCUGCACACUUGUGAGAAGUCCCAUGCAGCACCACGUGCCUCAGUCUUGUGUACUUCUUGUGUUAAGUCAGGUUGUCAGAUGGGAGAGCUGACACUGCUUAUGUCACCACACACAGAAAGCCUCCAUGGAAACACCUCACAUUACAACAAAAUAUUAUAACUUCUCACAGA